AUGCAAGUGUUUACAGCCUUGUGUUCUCCUGUCAGCCAGCACUCUCCAGCCCCACCCUCCAGCCAGCACUCUCCAGCCCCACCCUCCAGCCAGCACUCUCCAGCCCCACCCUCCAGCCAGCACUCUCCAGCCCCACCCUCCAGCCAGCACUCUCCAGCGCCACCCUCCAGCCAGCACUCUCCAGCCCCACCCUCCAGCCAGCACUCUCCAGCGCCACCCUCCAGCCAGCACUCUCCAGCCCCACCCUCCAGCCAGCACUCUCCAGCGCCACCCUCCAGCCAGCACUCUCCAGCCCCACCCUCCAGCCAGCACUCUCCAGCGCCAUCCUCCAGCCAGCACUCUCCAGCCCCACCCUCCAGCCAGCACUCUCCAGCCCCACCCUCCAGCCAGCACUCUCCAGCGCCACCCUCCAGCCAGCACUCUCCAGCCCCACCCUCCAGCCAGCACUCUCCAGCGCCAUCCUCCAGCCAGCACUCUCCAGCCCCACCCUCCAGCCAGCACUCUCCAGCCCCACCCUCCAGCCAGCACUCGCCAGCUCCACCCUCCAGCCAGCACUCCCCAGCCCCACCCUCCAGCCAGCACUCGCCGGCCCCCACCCUAAAGCCAACACUCGCCAGCCCCAUCCUCCAGCCAGCACUCGCCAGCCCUCCACCCCUCCACCCCUCCAGCCAGCCCCACCCUCCAGCCAGCACUCGCCAGCCCUCCACCCCUCCAGCCAGCUCCACCCUCCAGCCAGCUCCACCCUCCAGCCAGCACUCGCCAGCCCUCCACCCCUCCAGCCAGCCCCUCUCCAGCCAGCACUCGCCAGCUCCACCUUCCAGCCAUCACUCUCCAGCCUCACCCUCCAGCCAGCACUCGCCAGCCCCCACCCUCCAGCCAGCACUCGCUAGCUCCACCCUCCAGCCAGCACUCGCUAGCUCCACCCUCCAGCCAGCACUCCCCAGCCUCACCCUCCAGCUAGCACUGGCCAGCCCCCACCCUCCAGCCAGCACUCGCCAGCCUCACCCUCCAGCCAGCACUCCCCAGCCUCACCCUCCAGCUAGCACUGGCCAGCCCCCACCCUCCAGCCAGCACUCGCCAGCCUCACCCUCCAGCCAGCACUCGCCAGCCUCACCCUCCAGCCAGCACUCACCAGUCCCCCCACCCCUCCAGCCAGCACUCGCCACCCUCUACCACACUCCAGCGGCCGCCAGCAGCAGAAGCACAGUGUGGGAGGAGAGGCCGCCGCCAGCCGUCCAGGAGCAACCGCCAGCGCCUGGUUCACGCACGGAGGGCUCGGAUAAUGCGCGCCGCCGCUGUUGCUGCUGCUGCUGCUGGUCUGUCAGGCUGUGAACCACGCUAAUGAUUUACUAGUCUUUGUCUGGGAUCGAGGCGCUCUCUACUAUCCCAUCGCAUCACAUCUUCCUCACGCUACCCCUGAUUCCCAACACUCCACCGAGCUACUCCUCAUUCCCCGGGGCGCCAGCUGUCCCGAUAUAACUCUCUCUCUCUCUCUCUCUCUCUCUCUCUCUCUCUCUCUCUCUCUCUCUCUCUCUCUCUCUCUCUCUCUCUCCGUGAUCUAUACUCGCCUCGGGUGUUCCGCUGGCAGGUUUCCGCCCGGAGAGCACUCACUUCCCCUUAGCGCGGGUUGGCUGAUGCCUGGACUGUCAAGGUCAACCGCAGAACUCAAUGAAAGGUUGUUGAACUUCCCGUGUCGCCUUUUAUCCGGAAACUUUCAGUGGGAACGGAUUUUGGCCACGAAUUAUUGUUCUCUCCGUUCCGAAGUUCACUCACCCACCCAACCUGUCACCAACCCACGCCCACCCCACCCACCCACUAGUGUCGCCGCCCCAUCCAUCCGUCCAUCCAUGCCUGCCUGCCUGUCUCCCCCCAAGCAGCAGCAGCAGCAGCCAGCCCCACAUGUCUCCUGCUCCUCCGCCAAAUCACCCUCUUCUUCCUCUUCCUCCUCCACUCGAAGUCCUGCAUGAGAGGUACAAUCCGGGAUAUGACUCCGCAGGGUGCUCUCUUCCUCCCCCUCUUCCUUCUCCUUCUACUUCUCCUCCCACUCCUCCCUCCUUCUUCCUCCUCUGGACUGGCUAGUUAUACAAACUAAGGGAGAGGAAAGACGACGACGAC